UACUUUGACUUGAAAAUGAGCGCACAAACUUUAAUUACAAGUUUAAUUUGUUUGCAGGAAGUUGAUCGCUUUGAUGAUUUAGCCGAUCUUCUUCGCGAAGAUGGUUAUGUUGGUGUUUAUAAGGGCCGGACUGGGGAAGCAAGGGAUGGGGGUGCUGUAUUUUGGAAGGAAAAAGAAUUUUCUCUUUUACAUCAAGAAAACAUAGAAUAUCAAAGUUUUGGACUUCGAGACAAUGUCGCGCAACUUUGUGUUCUUAAGGUCUGUCACAAUCAAUCAAAUAUUUCAACAUGCGAAGAUGCGGAUUCAUCAGAGCCGAUGCCCAGCCAGACUGUGGUUGUUGGGAACAUCCAUGUGUUGUUCAAUCCGAAACGUGGAGAUAUUAAGUUGGGACAGAUCCGACUACUACUUGAGAGAAUGCAUGCGGUGUCCCUGCAAUGGGGCAAUGCCCCUGUUGUAAUUUGUGGUGAUUUUAAUAGUGUGCCGCAGAGUGCAUUGUAUCAAUAUUUGUCUGCACCUGAGCUCGACAUAUUGUUGUAUGAUCGCAGGAAAAUCUCAGGUCAGGAUGAAUUUCCACUGCAAAAAAGACACUUUUCUGUGGGGAGGAAUGCCUCAAGGUCUCGGUUUUGCAUGCAAAAACUUCUACAAUUCAAAUGGAGUGAAGAAGAAAUACACCUUGCAGUAGGAAAUGGAGGCUGUACUCAUCUUAAGAACCCUUUGAAGCUUUUCAGCGCAUAUCGAGGAGUUCCGAUUGUCUUAAGUAUGUUUUUCCCCCCUGUGAAGCAGAGCUGUUCCAAUUCUAGAGAUAAUUGCGGUGAACCUUUGGUGACUUCCUAUCACUCGAAAUUCAUGGGAACUGUUGAUUAUAUAUGGCAUUCUGCAGGUAUUGUUCCAGUAGCAGUUGUCGAGACCUUGCCAAUUAAAAAUUUGAAGAAGUUGGGAGGCCUGCCAAGUGAAAAAUGGGGAAGUGAUCAUCUUGCUUUGGUUUGCGAAUUCGCUUUUGUAGAUGAUGGCAGUGCAAGCUAAUGUUCUUCAGCUUUUGCACAUAUGCAAAAUGACCACGACCAGAUUUUUCUAGUGAGAGAAAGCUGGUUCGGUUUUGAUGUGGAUUUGAGGACUGCAACAUGCAGAUGAUUGUAAUUGAUCAGUAUGUGAUACACAAUGAUGUCGCUUCUGCUUAGAGGCAUGAAGCAGGCCACUGAAAGGGUUCACACUAAUCCUCAAGCUUAACUAAAGACUAAAUCUUGUAUGCGUGAAUAUUGAAUCUGACCGUGUCAAUUUCAAAGGUUCGCUCGAGAUACUUUUCUAGACAAUGAAUUAUUGUUGUUUAGAACCCUAUACUCUUGGCUCGUAUCUCGCAUUCUCUAUCGUGUCUUAGUCUGAUGAGGUCGUAGAACAGAGACGGAGAAAGAUGCCUCUGCCAAUAGAGUUCUUCUAUUUUUCUUUUGAUCUUUUUUCUUGUUUUGAAUCGCAUCCUUGAAAAUUCAGUUUUAUCUGCUAAUGUUUAGCAUAUUCUAAGACAUCAAUGUGUAGUUGAAAGUUGUAGCUCUUAUAUUAUGCUGAAUUGAAAGCUGACUUGUUGGGAAUCUAGUCACUGUGUAUGCGUCAAACUCAUAGUAAUUUUUUUUUUAUGGUUCUUAGGAUU